AUGCGGAAGGCCGAGUUCCUGGGCUUGAUGCUUCUGCAACUGCUGUGGGUGGCUCCAGUGGAGGGUCCAGGGCCUGGGGCAGAGGUCCCUGAGGUUUGGGCCCAGGAGGGGACUCCUGCCCAGCUCCCUUGCCGCCCCACCAGCCCCCUCCUGGACCGCAGCCUUCUGCGAAGAGGAGGGGUCACCUGGCAGCAUCGACCAGACAGGUAUGCACCCCGAACGGAGGCACCCCCAAGUCCAGCAGGAAGGGCGUCCAGGUUCGCAGCCCAACACCCAGGCCCGCCCUCUGCCCCAGGCCCCAGGGUGACCGCCACCCCCGCAGGGCCCCUCAGGGUCUCCGACUGGGUCGUCUUGAACUGCUCCUUCAGCCGCCCCGGCCGCCCGGCCUCUGUGCGCUGGUUCCGGGGCCUGGGCCGAGUUCCGGUCCCCGAGUCCCCUCACCACCACUUCGCGGAAAGCAGCUUCUUCCUGCCCCGAGUCGGCCCCCUGGACUCCGGGCCCUGGGGCUGCACCCUGGCCUACAGCGAUGGCUUCAACGUCUCCGCCACCUACAACCUCACUGUCUGGGGGCUGGAGCCCCCUGUCCCCACGACCGUGUACGCCGGAGCAGGGUCCGGAGUGGGGCUGCCCUGCCACCUGCCUCCCGGCGUGGGCACCCCGUCUCCCCUCACCGCCAAGUGGGCACCCCCUGAGGGAGGCCCUGACCUCCUGGUCGCGGGACACGAUGGCAACUUUUCCCUCCAACUGGCGUCUGUGAGCCGGGCGCAGGCUGGGACCUACACUUGCCACGUCGACCUUCAGGGCCAGCAGCUCCGGGCCGCCGUCACUUUGGCAGUCAUCACAGCGACUUUCCAGCGCUUUGGGUCACCCGGCUCCGCGGGGAAGCUGCUGUGUGAGGUGACACCGGCGUCAGGCCAGGAGCAGUUUGUGUGGAGCCCCUUGGACGAUCCGGCCCAGAGGAGAGCCCCAGGACCCUGGCUGGAGGUGCAGGAGGCCGGGCUCCUUUCUCAGCCCUGGCAGUGCCAGCUGUAUGAGGGGGCGAGGCUUCUCGGAGCAGCGGUCUACAGCAUGGACUUGUCCAGCCCAGGUGCCAGGCGCUCUGGGCAAGCUCCAGGUGCCCUCCAAGCAGGCCACCUCUCACUCUUCCUCACCCUCGGUGCCCUCUCUCUGCUCCUCUUGGUGACCGCGGCCUUUGGCUUUCACCUUUGGCGAAGACGGUGGCAGCCAAGAAGAUUUUCUGCCUUGGAGGACGGGAUUCACCCUCCUCAGGUGCUGAGCAAGAGGGAGGAGCUGGAGCCGGAUGCGGAACCGGGGCUGGAGCCGGAGCGGGAGCGGGAGCCGGAGCCGGAGCCGGAGCCGGAGCUCGAGCCCGAGCCCGAGUCGCUCUGACCCGGCGCGAGGGCGGCCAGCAGAUCUCUGCAGCUCGGUCCAAAUAAAGUCC